AUGGGUAGACGUCCCUGCUGUCCCAAAGAGAUCAACAAAGGUGCUUGGUCUCGAGAAGAAGAUGAAACCCUCUCCAAAUAUGUUGCCAUCCAUGGAGAAGGCAAAUGGCAAAAGGUUGCCCAAAAUGCAGGUUUAAAGCGAUGUGGAAAAAGUUGCAGACAAAGAUGGUUGAAUUAUCUCAAGCCCGGUAUAAAAAGAGGCGACAUCUCCGUAGAUGAAGAGGACAUGAUUAUAAGACUUCAUCGUCUUCUUGGUAACAGAUGGGCAUUGAUAGCGAAGAGGCUACCGGGACGAACAGACAAUGAAAUCAAGAACUAUUGGAAUACUAAUUUGUCAAAGAAGUUGCAGAAACAGCCUACAUCGACAUCUGCUUCUUCAAUUCAACACAAAUAUGAAGAAGAGAAGACCAUAAAAAUGCAUGUAGCACUCGAAGCUCCACGGCCUAGGAAAGUGAAGUCCAUUCAAAAUAGUAAAAUUUUGGAGACUGGGGGAUGUGAUAGGCAUAGUACUACUCCAAGCCCUUCCAAUAAAUUAGAGGGUAGUAGUGAUGAAACUUCUUUUACUGAUUUCCUCAUUGACAUUGAUCAGAACCAGUUGUUGAUUGGUGAUGAAUCCAACUCAAAGCUCCCAGAAAUUGAAAAAGACCACAAUAACAAGGUAGGCUUAAACAAUAGUCCUAGCUUAUUAUCACCUUCUGAUCAUUGUCAAAAUCUCUUACAAGAGAAAUUUGACCCUUUGGAGACCCUUUUGGAUGUGGAGCUUAAGAGAAUGGCUUCUUUUCUUGGACUGGAAAAUGAUUGA